GCCACGUCUUUUCAAACCAGACGUCUGUUUUUGAAAGCAUUUAGUUUUUUCAUGACGUUGACUCAAAGUUUUUUGUUUUGGAACGGUAUUUCAUGUUAAAUGGAUGUAUUUGCCAGAAGAGUAGCAUCGAAAUUACUUUUAACCAAACUGAAACUGCUCAACGUGAUGCAGGCCAGGUCCGCAAAUUCCUUGGCUGAAACUUUGGCUUCAAAAGACAAGAAUCAAGUGAAUCUACUUUAUGGAGAACAUUUGAUUAUAGUGGAUGAAAAUGACAAACCAAUUGGCAGUGCAUCAAAGCUAGAUUGUCAUUUGAACAGUGAAGGCCCUCCACUUCACAGAGCUUUUUCCGUUUUCUUUUUUAAUGAAAAGAACGAGCUUUUGAUGCAGAGAAGAUCAAAUGCUAAAGUCACAUUUCCUGGUUAUUAUACCAACACAUGUUGCAGUCAUCCGCAAAAUAAUAAAUUUGAGAUGGAAGAAGCAGACGCAAUUGGCGUGAAACGAGCAGCACAACGCAAAAUGACCCAAGAAUUAGGAAUCUCAGCAGAACAAUUUCCUCUCAAAAAUAUAAAUUAUGUGACAAGAAUUUUAUAUAAAGCUCCUUGCAGUGAUACAUUCGGAGAACAUGAAAUUGACUAUGUUCUUUUUGCAAAGGGGAAUGUAGAUGUUAUCAUUAAUGAAAACGAAGUUAGCGAAGUAACUUACGUUCCAUAUGGCGGAAUGGAUGCUUUUGUGAAAAAUUGUGAAAGUAGAGGAAUACCAAUUACACCUUGGUUCAAGCUUAUUAUGGAAUCACAAUUGAAUACUUGGUGGAGAGACAUUGAUAACAUACAUGAACAUUUUAAUCAUAAAGCUAUAACGAAGUUUUAGUGAUAAAGUCUUUUUGCGAGACAAACUAAUUAUGCAUCUUCUAUGCUUUGGCAUAGAAUGCUAUAUGCAUAAAAGAUGUUGUAGCAAUAUUGAAUAUAACUAUUCUUCCAACAAAUAUAUCCCCAAAGGUGUGAUACUAAUUGUUUGUAUAUGCAUUCAUUAUUUUUUUAUCAUUGCUGAAGUAUGCUUGUCUGAAGGAUUCAGACUUAGUUUUGUUAUUUAUAUGCUAAUGUGAAUAACUGAAAAAAGUUUUUCACUAAUCUUUAAAAUAAAUCAACUUAUGAUCACCAAAUGCCAAUCGUGCGAAUCUAUAAUUCACUUUACUCUAUGUAAAGAACAGAGUGCAGUUGAUUUUUUAUUUUGGAAUCUAGGUGCACUAUUUAAAAUUUCCAGAUACAGACUGCUACAUAUUACUCAUGCCAGUGAUUUUGUUUACUGCUUUAUUUACCAAGGCGCAAAUAAAGCUUGAUUAAGCUUUCAACUCGCUGAAAAUAUAACUGAUUUUCUGCAUAUUGGGCCUAUUUUCAUUUUGCCUAUUGUAGCCGCACAUGUUGCACUUACAUUUACUGUGUCACAAACAUAUUUUUGUUUAAUACUAGUGCAUGAAAUUGGGAACAUGUUAUUUGACACUUAUGUGUGUACACCUGCAUGUGUCAGGGUUCUGAAUGAUGAACAAUCAAAAAUUUUCAUUAUGCGAAUAUUACCAAUUUACCACCUGUGAAUUUGUCCAAUUUGUUUGUGACCUCUUGCAUUUUACCCUAUAUCAAUCAUGAAUAAUAUUAAUAAAUUGCACAGGUGUGUAACUUGUAUUUCUUGUUCAGGAUUGGGAUAUAUCCUGUUUU